GUUGCCUUUGAAGAAAAUAAUUGAGUGUCGUGUAUUGAUAUUUCCAUUCGUCUGAUUCUAGUCUGCCAACUUUAUCUUGUCUUCGUUUACAACUUGUUAUUUGAAUCGCCCAUGACAACUACUGGUCAAAUUAAAUCACAAUUUAAUCGAAAACUUAAGGCUUAGCGGGACAUAGAGAACCGAAUCCUAGCUUACGAAGCAGACGCCAGGAUGAUAAGUGAGCGGGCACUAGAACGUACCGUGAUGGAUGAGAGUUCGGGAAAUGUCCAGUUUAAAACCCAGAAGAACAUGGCGAAUCAGAGGGAGUUUAUUGAGCUGGCUGGCAGGCAAACUACUGCUUUCAGACAUUCUAUUAGAUCAAUGCGCUGUUUGAACAACGCAAUAGCUACGAUGAGGAGUCGAGUAGACACCACACGAAGAGUAAAAGAUAGACAAGACUCCGAGAAGUCACCCCCUCGUGCUGGCUCACUGGCCACCACCUCCAGCCGGAGUACACUAGACGGCAUACCUAACUGGAGGCGGAAUAGCAAACACAAAAACAGAGUGCCGCCGAUGCCGCCGACGCAAUCACAAGACACUCCACGAAAGAGAACAAACAUUCUGACAAAGUUCCCCAACAUUCCAGUCAACUUCAGAUGUUUGGAACAGACUGGGGACCGAACCAGACCAAUCAGUUACUCCGACUUCCUUCUUACCAACACCUCUGUGCAGCACAGAAACGGUCCUACACCGAGCAAGUCGGCGCCAGCGGGAGUGAGGGAGAUCAUAAGGUACGAAUCUGUUCAGGAGAGAACUCGGCGAGUGAGGAGAAUCAUGGGCAACAGUGCCCAUUACGGGUGAAAAAUAUAUAUUUUGUAUCUUUCUAUCAGAACACAUAACUUCGGAUUAGAUUAGAUAAACUGACGUAUAGCAGCGGGGAAAUAUGCUAUUUGAAAUACUACGAGCAAAGAAACUACAACAAUCUCAGCAUCAUUUGGUCAUCAGACUGUGAAAAUUUUCUGCAAAAGCAUCCUUACGACUACGUUCAAGAACUUGUUUAUGUAAUUUUUUAUUGCUUAAACAUUUUACAAAACUACAUAGCAGCAAUCAACUUGUAAACUUUGAAGUAUGAAUGAUAAUUUCAGAUGUAGAUACUAGAUAACAAUAAAGGUUGUAAACGUAAAAUGUUCUGUUCAAUAUUUUAACUACAAGAAGCCAAAACGUUUACUUCUUGUUAGCAAUAAAUUCACAAAAAUCACA